AUGCCCCGUCAGACGCCCUUCGUUUCUGGUACCACCGAGACAGAGCAGCCACGUUCGAGGCAGCAGAUGCUGCCACCUGGGCGCCUGGAGCUGGCGCUGACGUGGCAGCGCCCACCCACCCCUCCCCUCUCUCCUGCUCCCAUCAACCCCCCCUUGCCAUGCCAGCACAUCACGCUGUGCCUUGAGGGAGUGGAUUGCCAUCCAAGUGUGGCUCAACAAGCACUACCUCCCUCUCACCCAUGGCCCUCACACGUGCCCCUCCUCGCUCUCCAUGCUGCCAUGCAUCCCUUGCCAGGCCAGCACAUCACGCUGUGCUUUGAGGGAGUUGACUCCGCCAUCCACGUGUGGCUCAACGGCCAGCACAUCACGCUGUGCUUUGAGGGAGUGGAUUCCGCCAUCCACGUGUGGCUGAACGGUCACUACGUGGGGUACAGCCAGGACAGCCGCCUCCCUGCCGAGUUCAACGUCACACCUUAUUGUAUCACGCGUGGGAAGGAAAAGGGCGAAGAAGGCACUUCCGAGGGGAACAAUCGGGAGGGGAAAACUCGUGAAGCAGAGGAGAAAGUGCGGGUGCGAGGGGUGGUGGAGAGAGCAGGGGAUGGGGAGGAGGGGGAUGGGGAUGGGGAUAGGGAGGGGGAGGGGGAAGCGGAAGGGGAGAAUGUGUUGGCGGUGAUGGUGGUGCGGUGGAGCGAUGGGUCGUAUCUGGAGGACCAGGACCACUGGUGGCUGUCUGGCAUGCACCGCGACGUCACUCUGCUGUGCCGCCCACAGGUGCAUAUAGCGGAUUUGGAGGUGAAGACUGAAGUGUCUGACGACAUGCAGUCUGCAACGGUCAAGCUAGAGGUUCUGCUGGAGGGCUGGCCCCGCUGCGACAUCCAAUCUCUUCUCGACAGCUACGAUUUAGAAGCGCUGAGGCUCCCUGAAGCGGCGGUUUUCCAGGCUGUAGGGCUGGGGGCGGGUGAUAAGAGAGGGGAAGGGGGAAAUGGGGGAGGGGAAGGCGUGGGAGUGGGAGGAGGAGGGGGAGAGGGGAGUGGAGGAUGGAAGGAUGAUAAGGUGGUGGUGAUUGGGAACACGAUGCGAGUGCGGAUGGAGGCCAAGGUGGAUAAGGACAAACUUGUGUUGUGGUCUCCUGAUCUGCCACACCUGUUCACGCUGGUGGUGACUCUGGCAGAUGCCUCAGGGCGGGCACAGCAGGUGGAAGCAGCGAGGGUGGAGGUGAGGCGGGUGGAGCCACACCUGUACACGCUGGUGGUGACGCUGGCAGAUGCGUCAGGGCGGCCACAGCAGCCACAUCUCUACACGCUGGUGGUGACGCUGGCAGAUGCAUCGGGGCGGCCACAGCAGGUGGAGGCGGCGAGGGUGGGGGUGAGACGGGGGGAGCAACACCUGUACACGCUGGUGGUGACGCUGGCAGAUGCGUCAGGGCGGCCACAGCAGGUGGAGGCGGGGAGGGUGGGGGUGAGACGGGUGGAGGAACACCUGUACGCGCUGGUGGUGACGCUGGUAGAUGCAUCAGGGCGGCCACAGCAGGUGGAGGCGGCGAGGGUGGGGGUGAGACGGGUGGAGCAACACCUGUACGCGCUGGUGGUGACGCUGGUAGAUGCGUCAGGGCGGCCACAGCAGGUGGAGGCGGCGAGGGUGGGGGUGAGACGGGUGGAGCAACACCUGUACGCGCUGGUGGUGACGCUGGUAGAUGCGUCAGGGCGGCCACAGCAGGUGGAAGCAGCGAGGACUCCCUGGUCCCUGAACUCUCAAACCUCCCACAAACAACCCCCUUCCCCUCCCGCACCCCAGCCACACCUGUACACGCUGGUGGUGACGCUGGCAGAUGCAUCAGGGCGGCCACAGCAGCCACACCUGUACACGCUGGUGGUGACACUGGCAGAUGCGUCGGGGCGGCCACAGCAGGUGGAGGCGGCGAGGGUGGGGGUGAGGCGGGUGGAGGUGCGGGGGAGAGAGCUGCUGGUGAACGGGAAGGCAGUUGAGGUGCAAGGGGUGAACCGGCACGAGCACCAUCCACAGACCGGGAAGGUCAACAUCGAAGAGUGCAUGGUCAAAGUAAGUCAACGCUGGUCAAGGGCUGGUAACGCAGGUGGUGAGUCAACGCUAGUCAAUGCUGGUCAAGGUGUGAAUGGGAGGGCUGUGGAGGUGAAAGGGGUGAACCGGCACGAGCACCAUCCACAGACUGGGAAGGUCAACAUCGAAGAAUGCAUGGUCAAGGUGAGUCAACGCUGGUCAACGCUGGUCAAGGAUGUGGUGGAGAUGAAACGACACAACGUGAACGCUGUGAGAUGCAGCCACUACCCCAACCACUCCCGCUGGUACGAGCUGACAGUUCUCUUUGGUCUUCUUGUGAUCGACGAGGCGAACAUCGAGACGCACGGGUUCGAUCCAAACAACCACCUCUCAACAGGAAGGGGCGUCUCUCUCCCUUCCCUUUCAUCCCUUCCCUUUCAUCCGUCCUCUCCGUUGCUUCCUCUCAUCUGUCUCCUUCCUCCUCCUCCUCCCCUCAGGUACGAGGUGACGGACCUGUACGAGUUGACUGAUCUCUUCGGCCUUCUAGUAAUCGACGAGGCCAACAUCGAGACGCACGGGUUCGAUCCAGACAACCACCUCAACAGGAAGGGUCAACAGCCGGCCGAGGACCCCGAGUGGGCGGCAGCAGCAGAAAACAUGGAUUUCAACUCAACCCUUGUGCCCAGGCUCAUUCCUUCUCUCUUCCCUCCGUACGAGCUGACGGAUCUCUUUGGUCUCCUGGUAGUAGAUGAAGCAAAUAUCGAGACGCACGGCUUCGAUCCAGACAAUCAUCUCAACAGGAAGGGGCGGCAGCCGGCCGAGGACCCCGAGUGGGCGGCAGCAAUGGGCGCGCGGGUGAUGCGCAUGUGCGAGCGCGACAAGAACCAUGCGAGCGUGGUGGUGUGGUCGCUGGGGAACGAGGCGGGUUAUGGGGCAACGCACGAUGCCAUGGCAGGUGGGACCGUGGCGAUGGGCGCGCGGGUGGUGCGCAUGUGCGAGCGUGACAAGAGCCAUGCGAGCGUGGUGGUGUGGUCGCUGGGGAACGAGGCGGGGUAUGGGGUCACGCAUGAUGCCAUGGCAGCAUGGUUGCGACACAGGGACCCGUCUCGUCCCAUACACUACGAGGGGGGCGGCUCGCGCACCACUGCCACUGACAUCGUUUGCCCCAUGUACAUGCGCGUGCCUGACAUCAAGGCCAUUGCUCAAGACCCCACCGAGACCCGCCCUCUCAUCCUCUGCGAGUACGCCCACGCCAUGGGCAACAGCAGUGGCAACCUGGAUGCGUAUUGGGACGCCAUUGAGUCGACCCACGGGCUGCAGGGAGGCUUCAUCUGGGACUGGGUGGAUCAGGUAUGCACCCUCUCAUAUGACUUUGGGGACACACCCAACGACCUUAACUUCUGCAUUAACGGGCUCAUGUGGCCCGAUAGGACUCCCCACCCUGCCAUGCGCGAGCUGGCCCACGUGUAUCGCUACUUUGGCUUUAAGUGGACGGAGCAGGGUGACGUUGAGAUCAACGGUUCAGAUGUGCUUCUGCCCCCGUCCCUCGCUGCCCCCUGCCUCGCCCUGUGGCGGGCACCCACGGACAACGACAAGGGAGGUGGCGCCGCCAGCUAUGCUGCCCGAUGGAAGGCUGCCGGGCUCAGCACCCUCGCUGCUGCUGACGCUGGGGGGGUGAUUUCCCUAGGGGGAGAUGCUACAGUGGUUUCUGUAGAAGGAGGGAAAGGAGUCGGAGAGGAGGGAGAGAAGGGGGGAGUGGAGAAGGACGAAGAGGGGAGUGGUGAAGAGGGAAAGGGCACGGAGGGGCAGAAGGGAGAGGGUGAUGAUGAACCCUUGAAAGUUUCGAUUGGAAAGGAUGGGGCGGUUUCCGUGGUUGUAGAGGCAGCUUAUCGACCCCGGGCAGAUGAAAUUUCUGAGGAGGGAGUUGUGGAAGCGGGUGCUGCCCCAACCAAUCUGGUCGAGGCUUAUGGAGGGGUGGAAGUUGAAGCAUCAGCGAGCGGCGGGCAGGCAAAGAAACUUUCUGACGUGGACUGCUGGGUCCGGCUCAAGUCAGAAUGGCAGAUCCAUGGCAGCGGGCAGGUUGUUGUGAAAUUUUGGGUGGACCCAAGCCCUGCCCUGCCGCCCCUACCGCGCGUCGGAAUGCGGUUCCGGGCAGCAAAAAAACUCUCCAACGCGGUCUGGUCCGGGCGGGGCCCGCAUGAAUGUUAUCCUGACCGGAAGCAGUCUGCACACGUGGCGCUUCACUAUUUGCCGGUGAAUUCCCUCCACGUGCCGUACAUUGCUCCUGGGGAGAAUGGCGCGAGAGUGGACACGCGUUGGUUCACACUCUUUACAAGCACACAGGAGAGGGAACAACAGGGAUCAGUGGAAAACCCACAGGGAGGUGCAGAAGGCGGCGGUUCACAGCCAGAAGCAGAGGGGGGAGCACAGGUGGAAGCGCAAGGGGAGGAAAGAAAGGAGGCGGAUGGGGGGAAGGGGAGGGAGGUAUUCCAGAAAGUUCCUUACUUAGGGCUUGUUAUAGAGCCAGUGGAGAUAGGAGGAGGGGAGGGACGUGGGGGAGGGAGCGAGGAGGGCAGGGAGGGAGGGAGGGCAGUGGUGCAUUUCAGUGCAAGUGGGUACUCGGCAGAGGAGCUGCAUCGAGCACAGCAUGAGGAGGAACUGAUUGAAGACGAGGAGUAUAACCAUGUGCAUCUGGAUCAUGCCAUCAUGGGGGUGGGCGGCGACGACAGCUGGACCCCAUCAGUGCACAAGGAGUUUCUGCUGCCGCCCCGCCCGUACGCAUUCGGGGUGGCGUUCCGGCCCCUCAUGGGCCAGCGGGAGUGA